UUUGUUAACUGCUACUUACUUAUCUUGUAUGGCUUUUGUCACUAUGCGUAUGACUAGUAGUAUCACACUUCUCUUCUUGAUUCUUUGCUUCUCUACCUCCUUGUAUAAUGCUUCUGCUCUUGUCUCUGAUGGUGUCACUCUCCUUUCACUCUUGAAUCAUUGGACCUUUGUUCCACUCAUCAUAAACUCCACCUGGAAGGGCUCUGAUUCGGUUCCCUGCAAGUGGAUUGGAGUCCAAUGCAACCAUGCCUAUAAUGUGAUCUCCCUUAACCUCAGUGAUCUUGGGAUUCAAGGUCAACUUGGACCCGAAAUAGGACAAUUAUAUCGCUUGCAGACCCUUGUGUUGUCGAAUAAUGGUUUCUUAGGAGAGAUACCUUCAAAGCUAAGUAACUGUACUUUGCUUCAGGUCUUAGACCUUUCUAAUAACAGCUUUAGCAGACUGAUACCAAAUAGCUUCAAGAACUUGCAAAGCUUACGCAGCAUGAAUUUGUCGUCUAAUCUAUUGGGUGGUGCGAUUCCAGAUUCCUUGUUUCAAAUUCGUCAGCUUGAAGAAAUGAACCUUCAUAAUAACCAUCUCAGUGGUCCUAUACCAACCAGUAUUGGGAACUUGACUGAGCUGUUAAGGUUACAUUUACAUGGUAAUAGGUUGUCAGGUACGAUUCCUUCAUCCAUUGGUAAUUGCAGUAAACUAGAGGAAUUGUUUCUGAAUGAGAACAGAUUGAAUGGGGAACUAUCUUUGGAGAUGGCAAAGCUCAAGAAUCUAAAGACUAUGUCUUUGUUUGACAACCAGUUCUCAGGAGUCAUUCCUCAAGACUUGGGAAUCAAUAGCAGCAUAGUGAAACUGGACUUUACAAAUAAUAAGUUCACUGGUAAUCUUCCACCAAGUCUUUGCUUUCAAAAGAAGUUACAAGUGCUGAACAUGGGAUCUAAUCGACUUCAAGGUAACAUACCUUCUGAUGUAGGAAGGUGUACAAGUCUAAGUAUGCUGAUUCUCAGUGAGAAUAAUUUCACUGGGUCUCUUCCUGUUUUUGAGAGUAAUAUGAACCUCAAAUACUUACACAUAAGCAAGAACAACAUCAGUGGACCAAUUCCACCAAGUCUAGAAAAUUGUACAAAUCUUGCUGCAAUUAACAUGUCACUGAACAAGUUUACUGGGCUCUUACCAUCUGCACUUGGAAAGCUUGUGAAUCUUACGAUUUUGGAUGUUUCGCACAACAAUUUGGAAGGGCCUUUGCCACCACAGCUGUCAAAUUGUACUAAAAUGGAUCAUUUUGAUGUUGGUUUCAAUUCCCUAAACGGUUCCUUCCCAUCAAGUCUGAGGAACUGGACAGGGAUAACCACAUUAAUUUUAAGAGAGAAUCAUUUUACAGGUGGUAUCUCGAGCUUUUUCUCAGAACUUAGCAAGCUUCGUGAACUACAACUUGGUGGAAAUUUGAUUGGAGGAACAAUUCCUCCAUCAUUGGGAAAACUGCAGAAUCUGUUCUAUGGGUUGAAUUUGAGUAGCAAUGGAUUGACAGGUGUGAUUCCUUUAGAACUUGGGCAUCUAGAAGAACUGCAAAGUCUGGACUUAUCACUGAACAAUUUGACAGGAAACAUAGAUGUUCUUGAUGAACUACUUUCAUUGAUUGAGAUCAAUAUUUCAUAUAAUUUCUUGCAUGUUCAUGUUUCAAAAUCUCUCUGCAAGUUUCUUAAUUCCUCCUCAUCUUCUUUCGUGGGCAAUCCCCAUUUAUAUGUCAGUUGUUCUCCUUCUAGUGGCCUGAAUUGCACCAGCACUAGUAAUUUGAAGCUAUGUCCUUAUCAAUCAACUGAUCACAAAGGCAUCAGUGCAUUGGUAAUUUUAAUGAUAGAACUUGGAUCCUCACUGUUUGUUUCAGCUAUCCUGGUAGCUUUACUUUUGAUGUGUCUCCACAAGAAAGACAUGAAGAAUGAUGUCUUUGGUGAAAAAUGGGGUUCUGCUAUUGAAAGAGGAGCAGGGAGGAUUGGUUUUCUUAUGUACAAGGAAGAAAUGAGGUUCUUAACUAAAAACCAGUCAGCUUCCCUUCACAACAUAGUGAUGGAGGCUACAGAUAACCUAAAUGAUCAAUACAUUAUUGGCAGAGGAGCUCAUGGGAUUGUUUAUAGAGCUCAACCGGGUUAUACAACUUUUGCAGUAAAGAAGUUUGCAUUCGAAAGGAAUAAGACGAAGUAUUUACAUAUUAUGCAGAAAGAAAUUGAAGUGCUGGGAAAGAUAAAGCAUAGAAACUUGAUCACUUAUGCAGAUUACUGGAUAGGAGAGAACUAUGGUAUGGUCUUAUAUGAGUACAUGAAGAAUGGAAGCCUCCAUGAUAUUUUGCAUGAGAAAUAUCCCCCACCACCCUUAAGUUGGAGUAUACGGCUUAACAUUGCUGUUGGAAUUGCACAUGGACUAAAAUAUCUGCAUCAUGAUCACACCACACCCAUAGUGCAUAGAGACAUAAAGCCACAGAAUAUACUUCUUAAUGAUCAGAUGGAGCCUCUUAUAUCUGAUUUUGGCACUUCCCUCUAUAGAAACCUUGCUGAGCAUUCUUAUAGUCAAUCUCAUUCUUGGAAAAAGCUUUCAACAUAUGUUGUAGGUACUGCUGGUUAUAUCGCACCAGAGAAUGCAUAUGUAAUAGUGCAGAGCAGAAAGUCUGAUGUGUACAGCUAUGGGGUAGUCCUGCUUGAGUUACUAACAAGAAAGAGAGUGGUUAUUGAGGAGGAAAGAAAUGUGACCGGUUUAGUUAGUUGGGUUAGCUCUAUCUGGUUGGAAACAGGCAAAAUUGAGGAGAUUGUUGAUCCAGACAUUGCAAAUGCAUUUCCCAAUUCAGGAGUAUUAGCAAGGCAAGUCACUGAGGUGCUUUUAUUGGCAUUAAGAUGCACCAAGAGGAAGCCGCGUGAGAGACCAACCAUGAAAGACAUUACUAGCUUCUAUCAGAAAAAUAUAUUCAAGUUGAGUUGCAAUGAUGUGGAUAUGGUUAAUGAAGAUGUUGUUGAUGUGGCACCACAACCAUACAGUGUUCCAACUUUCAGUACUAAUCCAGUUUCUGACACUCAGAGUGACUCCUAUCUGCAUGGUGAAACUAGUGAGGAUCAGAGGAUGCAAUGCUAAGAUUUGUGAACUCUCUUUCUCUUGUUCAUAAACAACGUUGAUCGUAUGAAUCAGAUUAGACAUUAUGGGGGUGGGGCUGUGAUGAGCAAUAGAGAAAGUCAUGCACCACUCUGAUGAUUCAGUGUUGAUAAAUUAAGAGAAAGAUAUUAUGGGGUGUUAUCUAUUUAUUUCUUUAUUUGGUAAAUUGGGCCAUUAUGUUAAAUCCCCAAGAAUAAUUAUUUUAAAAAUACCCACAUUUGUUACUUGUUAGUUUUAUAAAAUAUGUCUGAGUGCUAAUUGUUU